UAACUCUACUUGAGACCCCUCCUAGUAAAACAAAAAAAAACAUCCAAUAACAAUUCGGAUCUAGUAAAAAGGAUAUUAUCCAACCCGAAUUUUGUGCAGGAGAGAGGGAGAGAGAAUGGGGAGCAAGAGUGAUGAUAUUCACACAGCAGCAAGGAAUGGAGAUGUCAUCGCUGUUGAGUUGAUAAUCAGCGAUAACCCUUUAGCUAUCAAUUCCAGAGAUAAGCAUUCAAGGACGCCACUACACUUAGCAGCUUGGGCAGGCCAUGCAAAUGUCGUUAGCUCUCUCUGCAAGCACAAGGCAGAUGUUGGCGCUGCAGCUAUGGAUGAUAUGGGUGCAAUACAUUUUGCUGCGCAGAAGGGACAUCUAGAAGUUGUCAAAACUCUUGUCUCUUUAGGGGUUUCUGUCAAGGCUAUCAAUCGCAAGGGCAUGACUGCUCUGCACUAUGCUGUUCAGGGAUCUCAUGCAGAACUUACCAAGUACUUGCUCAAGAAAGGUGCUAAUGUCAAUGCUAAGACAAAAGCAGGAAAAAACGUCCUUGAUCUUGCGAGCAAUGAGGAAAUUCGUACUUUACUGUUGGAUUAUGAGAAGGCAAAACAAGCUGAAGCUCAGGCUGGAGAAGAGAAAGCAGCUGGAGAUGAAGUAAAAGAUGAAGAGUUGGAUGCACCAUUGGAAAAAAAGGAAGGGGACGAUUUGGAGGAGACUAAUGAAGAAAAUCUGAAAAGAAAGAGCGGUAAAGAUGAUGUUCGAGAGAGCUCAUCAAAACCGAAGAAAAGCAAAGUGGCUCUUAACCAUUUACUUGCAUCUGAUGAUAUAGAAGAAGAUGAGCAAUGAAUUGUCCAAGGAGGAUUACUCUGUGGUUGCUGUUAUGCUAUCGAUAGAGCAGUCAAGAAAUAGUGCAGCUAUAUAUAGUCAAAUAGAAUGUUUGAUUGAUUAACAAAUCUUAGCCUUUGCUAUGUAGCUUGUAGCUCUUACAGUUCAAAAGUAGUACUUUUCAACUUGGUUUUGAAGGUCAAGUCUCUUUGGACUUUGUUAGCCUUGCUAACUAGUUGCCUUUAGGCUUUACUAUU